UGCUCGGAGUGUUGCGUGUGUGUGUGAGAGAGAGUGAGUCAGGUUAGCCGCUGCGCUAACUAGCUGCUGAAGUCACCUGUGUUCUUAGCAUUAAGUCUUCUUAGCAGUGUUUAGGAGACGCGUGUAAACGAGCAAGAGGACACAGGCUGUAGGAGAGACAGGGACACAUGCUGUCUUGUGUAUCAGUGAGAAAGACAGGCUAUAGCUUCACACAGGCUUUGUUAGCAGUGUUUUGCUAACUCGCUAACUACCAGAGUUUGUGCAGCAGUAGAGAGAAAGCACUUGGGUUUAUUUCUGCAUCGAUUUCAAGUUGUUUUGCGCAUGCGCUGCUCUAACCGUUCAUUCAGCCAUGCACUGUAAACCCAGUACCCUAUUCAGAAGGGAUUAGGUUUCCUGACCUGUGUGUGCAAGUGUUAUGUAAUGCUGCAAGCCCUGUGAUUGCUGUAUAACACAAGAGGCUACGCCACUGUGAGCUGCUUGAAGUGGAAGGUCCAUGCUUGCCAAAACUGACUUUUUUAUAUUGUGUUUGGCGUGGAUAACUAUGGCCCAGCUUUUGGCACAAGACGAAAAGAAAAAUGCUGCACUCAAAGAUCAAUUGUCCAGGAUUGACUUGGACGGGGUGAUGAAGAAAGAUGAACCUCCACUUAUCUUCCCCAAAACUUUGGAGGAGUUUGAAUAUGCUUUUAAUGAGCGUGGCCAGCUACGACACACAAAAACCGGAGAGCCGUUCGUCUUCAACUACAAGGAGGAUAUGCACAGGUGGAACCAAAAAAGAUACGAAGCGCUGGGAGAGAUCAUCACGCAGUAUGUUUAUGAGCUUCUGGAGAAAGACUGCAAGCUGAGGAAAGAGAUGCUCCCAGUGGAUGCAACAGAGAGCGAACCAAAGAGCUUCAUCUAUAUGAGCGAGGAUGCGCUGACUAAUCAGGACAAGCUGCUGGUGUUGAUCCAUGGCAAUGGCGUGGUGCGAGCAGGCCAGUGGGCUCGACGCCUCAUCAUCAACGAGGGCCUGGACAGCGGCACGCAGAUCCCUUUCAUCAACAGGGCCAUGAAGGAGGGCUACGGCGUGAUCGUACUGAACCCCAACGAGAACGAGCUGGAGGUGGAGAAGGUCAGGGAUCCAUCUGCGGACAUGUGGGACGAACCGGCGGAGAAACGCGAGCGCAAGGAGGAGUGCGAGGGAAAAAAGAAGAAAGACGGGAACGAGAAGUACCGCAACCCACAGAAGGAGUGCGAGAAGAAGCGCAUCCCAAUCCGGGAAAACAGUUCACCCGAGGAGCACACACUCUAUGUGUGGGACCAUUUCAUUUCUAGAUCGCGCGCCAAAAACAUCUUUGUGGUUGCUCACAGCUAUGGAGGGCUGUCUUUUGUGGAGCUGAUGAUCCAAAGAGAAGACGAGGUGAUGUCACGUGUGAGCGCGGUGGCCAUGACCGACUCGGUUCACAACGUGUGGCACCAGGAACCCAGCCGAUCCAUCAGAGAAUGGCUGCAAGAGCGAUGCUGUAACUGGGUGUCGAAUCCUGAGCCAUUGGAUACCCCAGUGGACUCGUUGCUCCCUGAUUGUCGUCGCCGCUCAGCAGGCACAGAGAAGCAUGAGCUGACCUCAUGGAAUAGCUUCAAGUCCAUCUUCAAAUUCUUCAAUGAACAUCUCCAGGCACAAAUGGAGGAGGAUGGGGAUGCUGGCAAUGUGGAGGAAGAGAAGGAAGAGAAGGUAAAAAAGGUAGAGGAGGAGCCAAAAGAAGAGCGGAGGGAUGAGCCCAAAGAAGAGCAGAGGGAGGAGCAAAAAGAAAAGCAUGGGGAGGAGCUGAACGAGGAGCAGAAGGAGGAAGUGGAAGAUGGUUCGACCGUAAUGACUACACACCAAAAGGCCAAACAUGAGGAUUUAUAGAAAAACAUCAGACCUUCAUGGUCAGGCCGCUUUCUAUUAAAUAAUGUUGCUUUUAAUGCUUUUAAGGGGUAGUCCUACGGUAGGCACCUUCUUCUGUAUUGUCUGAUGCCUUUGAGUUCGGGGUUGGCAAGUAUACAUCAAAAUAGCGUUUUUGCAUUACACAACUAUCAAAGCAAUAUGUACAGCUUGUGCCUCCCCUUGGCUGCUAUGUGGGUUUGGUGGCCAUAUUGAGGAUGUCAGGUGAUACUGCACAGUAUAUCUAAAUGUCCUGACCUUGCCUAAUGCACACACACAACAUGGAUUUAACCCACAGAUCAUUUAUCCCACUGUAUCUCUAAACCCCCCCCCCCCCCUUUUUUUCCCCAUUUAGUUUUACCCAGUUCCCAGUUUUGCAUUAAUGAGGGUGAUCACACAGAUGAUUAGGCUGGCAUACCCAAAAAAUAUUUAUUCUAGACUCAAGUGCAUUAGCACAACAACACUAAAGGAACUUGCUCUGCAUAGAUAUUUGCUUUUAAAAUUACAAAUUGGACACAGGUGUAUCUUUUUUCUCACCAUCUACUUCUGAAAGAAACAAAUUCAGUUAGAAAUACCAGGUAAUAAUUUGGUAAUAAUUCAUAAAUUCUUUACAGUCAUAUCCACAUAAUAAAUAAAGCGGAUAGAAGGAUUUCAUGUGGAACCGCAUGUCAAAAAUGAUUUUAUUAGUCAUAUCUCCUUUUAUGACAUUUUGGAGGUUUUAAAAAAUUUGAUCUUUCCCAAUUGCUAGAAAAAGGAAAGUUAUUUAUUUCUAAAUUGUAAAAUCAGUUCCUUUCAAUGUUUGCUUUUUAAAUGCAACAUGAUUUUUUUUAAAUACACAUCUCUCAAUUUAACGACACGCUGACAUCCACUGCUUUCUCUAAAGCACGUAAUGUCACUUUCUUAGCAUAAACAAAAGACAAACAGAACAAUGUAGUAUUAGUCAAGGCUUAAGCUGUCGCUCAGACCUGACAGCACGUCACCCUGAUUUAACAAAAACUUUGCCUCUUUUUUUUUUUUAUCUUUGAAGAUAGACUAUUUGAAUAUUUGUAAGCACAAUUUGCAUAUUUUAACAAAUUUGACCAAAUUACCAAAUUUUAGCCAAAACAAAUGAGUGGUACGGGGAUAUAUUGAGAAAUGCACUGAAUCUGUCAACAUUUUAAAGCCUAAACUGCUUUUAGGGUUUUCUCUACAGCAUUAUUAAGAUAGGAUUAAACUUGCAAGUGGUUGUGUGUUGCAGCUAAAAACUGGAAAGGACGCGCUUUGGAAUUUAAAUAUUGCUGCCUUAAAAUAAAUAAGACUUUUUCUUUUCCUUUUCUAAUGCAUUCAGUUAAGCCAUGAGUUGUUUAUAGACAACAAGUGCAACUUUAAACCAAAAUAAAUUAAAAUAUGUUCCAUGUGUAAGUCAUUACACGUAGCCAUUCGUAUUUUGACUCUUUUACUUUUUGUGAAAUCCCACUUGCUUUCAGUGGACACGAUUUAUUACCAGUCUUUUUUUUCAUCCUGUAAUUUUAUUCUUUUUAUUUUUGAUUUUUUUUUUUUUUUUUGCAUUUGUCUUGGUUUUUUUAAAAUCACUCAAAAUGAAAAAGUUUUCAAAUUGUUGUCCAAACUUUGAUGUGAGUGUAAAUUAUACAUGUUAUUUCCACCAUGUUUUCAUUUGUCUUCUGAGAUUGGGAACAAUUUUUACCAACUGAUUUUCUUUUAAUUUUUAUCUAUCUGCAAUUUUCAAAAUAAACGCUUUUAUUAAUACAG